AUGCAGUUCCUCAAAUUUUGGCUCUCUAUGUUGGCUUUGGCGGUGUGCGCGCUGGCCGCCGAGCCCCCGAAGGAACUGCAGAUCGCAACCGGGACGUUGUUCUCCGACGGCAGCAAGUUUGAUUCGAGUAUCGACCGAGGCCAACCGUUACCUGUCAAACUCGGUAUGGGUCAAGUUAUCAAAGGAUGGGACGAGGGUCUCCAAGGCAUGUGCCUCAACGAGAAGCGUACCUUGACGAUUCCUUCAGACAUGGCUUACGGUUCGCGUGGAUUUGGCAAUGUUAUUCCUGCACAUUCCGCCUUAGUCUUCGACGUCGAGCUUGUUAGCUUGCAGAAAGCUUCUCGUUCAGAAUUGUAG